GUCAAUACCAUCAUCGGCGGCCAGCAUCACUUUCCGCCCGAGAUCACUCUACAACGGGAACUGGGGCUUUGACGGUGCGAAAGUAGCUGCAAAGGUCCGGCCAUGGACAAAAUCGACCCUCUUCUGCUGCGCGGCACCGCGGACGAAAGAACUAUCACCGUAAACCCGCCCGUCCACGACCCAAAGUCCCACGAGCCCAGCGCCGGCCCCCAUCACGUCAUUGAAUCACCGUCGACAUUAUCGGGCCCGUCGCCAACGGGUGCACCGAGCUAUAACACGCCUCAUACGCCUCACACACCCAUCAACCCGGGUCACGGCCUGCCACCGCUGUCAGCUGCCGGCGACACCCCCAACACCGAUGGUACGGCCCAUCACCACGAUCCCAAUGAUCCCAAACGACCGCGCGCCUGUGAGGCCUGUCGCGGAUUGAAGGUCAGAUGCGAACCUGACCCAACAAAUCCCAACCCCGAUGGCCCUUGCAAGAGAUGUGCCAAGGCUGGCAGGGCCUGCCUCGUCACGCAGCCGACGCGGAAGAGGCAGAAGAAGACGGACAGUCGCGUUGCAGAGCUCGAGAAGAAGAUCGAUGCGCUGACCGCGAGUUUGCAUGCCUCAAGACAACCUCAGGAAGAGCUGCAGCAACAACAAGAAGUACAACAACAACUACAACAACAACUACAACAACAACAACAGCAGCAGCAGCAGCAGCAGCAACAUGGCUACGGUGCUAUGCCUCCGUACGGCAACACACCUAGGGAAUGGGGCGUUCCGCCAUCGAGGGAAACGAUGCAGUAUGCACCCGAGCCGGAGAAGUCGGCCGCACCUCCCAUGGUCGUCGCGGGCCAAAAGCGUAAGUUUGCCGAAGCCGGAGACGGUUCUGCCGAUAUCUCAAAGGACUCCCCGACGACGCAGUCUGUGGCGGUCAGGAACCCGGAGACCGAUAUAAUCGAUCGCGGAGUCAUGACCAUGGACCAGGCGAAUGAAUUCUUUGCGCGCUACACCGACCACAUGGUCUGUCAUCUGCCUGCAGUGGUUUUCCCAGCCGGGACCACCGCUGCCGACAUCAGGAAAACGAAACCUACGCUCUUCCUUGCCAUCAUGGCGGCUGCAUCGUCGGACGCACCCGGCAUUCAAAGACAACUCGUCAAAGAGCUCAUGCAAACCUACGCCGACAAGAUCAUCAUCUCCGGUGAUAAGAGCUUGGAGAUGGUCCAGGCGCUUCAAGUUGGCGUUGUCUGGUACUAUCCGCCAGAACACUUCGAGGAGCUGAAGUUCUAUCAAUUUGUGCACAUGGGUGCUGUCAUGGCAAUCGACAUCGGCCUGGGCAGGAAGAAGAACAGCCCAAAAUCACGAUUGAUCCCUUACACUUGGCGCGACCACCCAUUCAGGAAGAGCCCCCUUCCCGACCCCACGACGAUCGAGUCUCGAAGGGCUUGGUUAGCAUGCUACUUCCUAGCCUCUAACGUGGCCAUGGCACUGCACCGACCUAAUCUUAUAAGAUGGACGUCGUUCAUGACGGAGUGCAUGGAUAUACUCGAGUCAUCCCCUGAAGCCGCACCAACUGAUAAAUAUCUGUGUCAUUUGGUCUGGACACACCGGCUGACUGAAGAGGUCGGACUUCAGUUCUCUAUGGAUGAUCCUGGGGUCUUUGUCAAUGUUGCUGAACCUAAGGUGCAGUACGCACUGCGAGGCUUCGAAAGAGAUUUGACCAAGUACAGCGAAUCGAUCCCGAAGUCCGAGAAUCUCCCCUCUCUUGUGCUGAGCUUCCACGUACUCAGUCUUUACAUGCACGAGGUCGCACUAUACGUUGAUAAAGAGGAAAACUUCAGACCGCCCUUCAACGCCGAGGCUCUUCGCGAUCCAGUGCCAGGCCUUAACGAGAGCUUGACCGCUGCUCAUAUCGGCGCCUUGUCGUCAUGUCUCACCGCAAUCGACGGCAUCUUCGACACCUUCUUAGCCAUGGAUACGCCUAGCAUUCGCUGUCUACCUGUAUUCAACUUCGUCCGCGUAGCAUACGCGGUUGUCGUACUGAUCAAGAUGUACUUUAGCGCUAGCACGCCUAACUCAGAGCUCGGCAAGGUCAUUAACAAGGACAACAUGAAAGUGGAGGAAUAUCUGGACAAACUCCUCGACAAGUUUCGCGAGACCGCUGCUUCCGACAAGUCCAGGCCAGCUGGGAAGUUCCUCGUUGUACUUGUCAUGUUGAAGAGCUGGUUUCAGAAACAGGGCAAAGUGCCCUUCCCGUCGCAGGAACAGGCCAACGCCCAGGGGAGCGACGCAACCAAGACGAACGGUGGCAGUUCCACAGCCCCGCAUCAGCAGCAGCAGCAGCAGCCGCCGCCGCCACAACAGCAACAAAGUGAAUACAACCCAGCGAACACACCGCUACAGCUUCUUUCUGAAAUAGCGACCGGCAAUGGCGCUCGUGGUAACAACCAGAACGCAGCUGCCGCCGGUGGUGGUAACGCUCAAGUCUUCCAACAAAACCAAUGGAUGCAGUCACAACCUUUCAUAUAUGACUCAACCCCGGGCGGCGACGGCGUCAGUGGGGUGUCUUCGGGGAGUGCGAUGCCCUACCUCAACAACGCCUUCAUGGCGGACUUUGACUACACAAGUUUGGGUGACGGAUUCGAGCAGGCCAUGGGUCUUACGCUUUCUGGAAUCGGAACAGGAGAUCAGGGGUACGAGAAUAGCAUGCGGUAUGUUAUGAACGAUGGAUUUAUGGGGCCUCUGAUUGAGGGGAUGCCAGGGGGUGGACUGUUCCAGUUCUGAGCAAGCCCAACCUGAUGUCGGAUCACGCCACCGGUGGACUAAGUUGCUUUCCUGACAAUCAGAUAUGUGAGGGAACCCUGAAAAACGUGUGGUCGUUUGUCGAGGAAUUUGUGCAGUCUCACAGAGUUCUUGCUGGGUGCUUGACCUAUGGUGUCUCGAGAGGGGAGAACGGCACCUUCUAACUAGCUCAUUUUUGGUGGAUUAUGCGGAAGUAUUAGCUGUGGGGUCAUAUUGCUUGGAGUUCAUGGAGCAGUGCUGUUGGGCUUCUUCAAUUAGCAGUAGUAGUAUUAUUAUAUAGUGAAUUAAUCGU